GUCGAAUAAAACGUUGUGCGAAUCGGUUCGUGUGAAUCAUUGAAAGCAAGCGAUUCUAAAAAAAAGAUUCGGACGUAACUUUCUUUACUACUGGAGAGUCCAGUGCACUUCGUGCUAUUACGUGCUGGAAUCAAAGAUGGGACACCCAAGUACAGAGGCAGCACUCUUCAAGACCAUGAUAAAGGAAGCAGACACUUGAAACUGCCGAGAGAACAACAUUUUGACAUUUUUGUUACAUAACGCUCUCAUACAGACACUUUUAACGCAACCCGGAUUCAUCAGUCCGCUGAUGAUGAGGAGGAGGAUGGUCAAGAGAGAAUGACAGCUCCUGUGUUCACAUCUGGAACUCCAUCUUGGCUCAACAUCACCCAAGAACCUGACAUGAAUCAAACUUGUGAGGAAAGUGAAGAUUUCAAAUAUUUGGCGUACAAAGUCACGUACAGUGUCGUGUUCCCUAUUGGAUUUAUCAGCAACUCUGUGGCUUUGUUUGUGUUCCUGCGUCUCACUCCAAAGAAGUCAGCCAACACUGUAUUCAUGACUAACUUGGCUGUUUCAGAUGUUGGCUUCUCCUUGACGUUGCCCUUCCGUCUGGUCUACUAUUUUAGGGGCGGUCAGUGGGAUUUUCCAGACUGGUUUUGCCGCUGGUGUGUAUUUUCUUUUUACGUCAACCUGUACACGAGUGUAUUGUUUCUUACAGGUCUUAGCGUACUACGGUACAUCGCCGUAGUUCACCCCAUUCGCAACAGGUCCCUGGUUUCGGUGUGGAGAGCCAGAGUAUCAUGCUUUGCGAUCUGGAUUUUUGUGGCCUGCUCGUCAGUGCCAUUCCUCAUGACAGGUACUACACAGCGGCAUAACAAGAUGCGUUGCUUUGAACCGGGGAACAACAAGUCAUGGAAGCGCAUAUAUAGCUUGAACUACGUGGGGGUUUCGUUUGGAUUCAUCAUUCCAUUCAUUAUAAUUCUCGUCUGCUACGGAUGCAUCAUCUCCAAACUCAUCAAAGGACGAAAAAUCGGUAAUCGAAAGGGAAACACCCGCCGACGCUCGGUGUAUUUGAUCGCCGUUGUCCUGAGCACAUUCCUGCUGUGUUUCCUACCAUAUCACAUCGCUCGCACGGUCCAUCUUUAUGCCAAGGUUUUAAAUGAGAGCUGCCCGGUCAUUGAGUACCUCGUUAAAGUUCUGGUCAUCUCGUUGUGCAUGGCGGCGUCCAACAGUUGCUUCAACCCCUUGUUGUACUACUUCGCAGGAGAGACUUUCCGCUCGGCCAUCCGUAGAGUGUCAGAUCGAAGGACUUUAGGUUCAUUCAGCAAUAGUGGUGUUUAUCCAUCUUUUCGACGUCGAAGCAGCUCGCAGAAGUCAAGGCGCCAAGGCUUCACUUCUGUACGCCAAGACUGUCUGCCCUGCUCCUGCCAGGUCAUAAACGAAAAGAAACCUGAUGGGUGCAAGGCUGACAAGCAAUGCAAACUGUCUGACUCUGAAGAAAAGCAAGUCCAUGAGGAUGAUUUGCAGUAGUAAAAGAUAGUUGCACUCCAUGAAGAGGAAGAAAUCUGAGUGUAUAGAAUAGGUGUCUUUAUUGUUGUCUUGAAAAUGUGAACCUAUAGCAUCUCGGUUGUUUUUCCAUUUCCUUUUUUUAAAGUUCUUAACUAAAAGACUGAGAUGUGAAAGAUGUUGUGCAUUAGAUAAAAUGCGGGUGAAUCUCACACAACUUCAGAAAAGGGUCAUGUUUAGAUUUAUGCAUUUGGCAAAUGCUUUUAUCCCAAGAAAACUGCAUCCUGGACAUGUUCUUGCAAGAUUCAUCAGGGUACACGCUUAAAAAUAAUGUGGGUUUUACAGCAUUGCCAAAAGGUUUUUUGGGAAACCAAAAUGGUUCUUUAAAAAACCUUUUAGUAAACAGUUCUUUAAAGAACCAUUUUUUUUUUUUUUUUUCUUAAUGAAGAACAUUUUAAUAAUCUAAAGAAACCAUUUACACCAAGUGUUCUUCAUGGAACCAUAAAUGUCUGUGAUGCGACCCAAGCGCCGCAAUGACACAAUAAAAAACUGGUGCCCUAGAUGUUGUUUAAUAAAAACAUGAUGUGUAAAUUAAAACAGGUGCUAAGAGCAUAAGUAAACCAAAUGUUAUUAUUAAACAGUCUUAUAAGAUGUUUCAGUCUCACGCAGAGCGCAUUUUCCCGUUCCGUUGGGCUACUUUUCCCAUUGUUUUUCUAUGUAAACAAGCGCUAGACGGCCAAGUUGCUCCACUGCGCUCCCGUCUCGAUCAAAUAUGUCGCGUCUUUUGCAGCGUCUCGCGCAAAACGCGGCUCUCAAGUAAAGGAAGUUAAAGUUUUUUUAAAGUAUGUCUUUAAAAUUUUUGUAAAAAAUAAAAUAAAAAAAUCUUUAGACCUUGCGGUUUUUUUUUUCGUUCCACUGCCCUGCGUCUCGCGUUUUAACCAAGCGGCAACCUCCCGCUUUAUCUCGUGAAGCCAACACGGAAGUGACUAAAACUGCAAUUCAUCGACUGGCCGCUGGAGGCUGGCUCCAAAAGGGAGUCAAUCCCAUAGACUCCCCAUGUUAAAAGGCCCAAAUUUACAGCAGAAAAAAACAUGUUUACAGCCUGGUACAAAAAAUUAUUUUGGUCUAUAUAGCUAAUUUUGCCCUUCGUGACAACUGUGAGGGGGAUGAAUUUUUUUAUAACUCAUCCGUUUAAAUUAUAUUAAGCCUUAAAGUUCUGCAUAAUUAAGGGCGUGGCCACUUGAGUGACAGGUGGACUGCCGCGAGCAGUGAAACUCACUAGUGCGAAACUUAGAAAACUGGCUUUAAAGAUUUGUAUUUGUACAGAGAAAAUAAUUAUAGGUAGUACACUGGGAAUCUGGCAAUUAGAUGUUGUAAUCGUUAUUGCUUACAGUGCUUUGUUAUAUGGAGCAGUUUAUUAAGAUCGCGGUCUCUCUCAUUUGUUUGACUAAUGAAGCACCAACAGAUAUAGAAGUACACAAUAAACGCACAGUAUUGACGAACGACUGCAAACAUAUGCAGAGCACCGUAACUUAAUUGAGCUUUCAAAAACAAAAUCAAAGAGCUGUAACUGAUGUUAUACUGUGUUCUGCCUUGGUUUCUCCGGGGCUUUUCUCCAUGUUACUUAAACACAUGUCAUUAAUGUCCCAAAAUGAUCAAUAACUAAUUUUCGACCAAAAACGAAAUUAUGGUGUUUUGUCUUUGCAUGAUGGGCGUGGUUUCAGCUCAGCUUCACCCACGUCCCGCCUUUUUGCCCAUUUUCGAUUAUCCGGGAGUGACGCGCGGUGACGCGCUUCCAAGAUGGCGGCGGUCGGCUCCGCCCACUUUAGGCUUCAAAAACGCUUUACAGAAACCUACGGGUGACGUCACGGACACUACGUCCAUUUUUUUUACAGUCUAUGGUUUUAACGCAACUGCGUUCUGUAUUAAAAACAGCACUGAAGCCGGAGUUUACCGCGUUUAAGCAGCGCUAAUAACAAUAAAAACAAUCCACGUUAAUAACCUCGCCAAAAACGCUAAUAACAAACCGUGUUCGUCUCUCACAAGUUACACAAACCGUCCACUAUCGCUACCUUACAUAUAUUUUUCUUGUUCUAUUUUCAAUAGAAUUAACCCCUAUUUAGAAUAAAUACCUAAUAUGACGAUUAAGAGCAAGAGUUAUCACAAAUAUCAAUCUAAUAAGACGGAUAAAACAUUUGUAGUUUUGCACAUAAUAAGCGCUCUACCUUUAAG